AUGAAUCCUUCUGACAUCCCCUGCCUUGUUUACAAUUAUCUGAGGGAGUGUGGGUAUCUACACAGCGCAGCAGCUCUUUCGUGCGAGGCCAUGAUAAAGCUUAAUGAUCCUACCCUGGACAUGGUAGAUCCCGGCUUGCUUCGAAUCCUCGUUGGAAAGGGGCUUGCAUACGCGCAAUUAGAAUCACUCUGUUUGGAUUCGCAUGUGUCCAUCUUCGAUCCUGCCACCAAGCAAGACUAUGACAACAAGGCCAUCACAGUUUCGUCAACCGCAACUUUGGGAAAGGAGCAAAGCUUGAGUUGCACGGAGGGCGUUCGAUUAACACGAUAUCCACUCAACUACUACAUAAGCCACAUGCCAAAUAACGACGGCUACCCGUUACGGAUCCUGCGAUUUGGCCCCUCAAAGGAACCUGCGCUCUCAGCACGACUUGUCGUCAUAUUUCGCCAUAGCCUCCAUUUGAUAGAUGCGCAAACGAAAGCCGAACUAGCAGGUCGCGCACUUGAUGUAACAGAGGAUCUAGCAGCGCAAGCCUUUGUCUGCCCCGAUGGUCUCACAUUUAGCCUUGUCGCCAAGCUACCGACAACGGAAUCAGAAACUAAAAACGAAGGUGGUGCUAGUGAUCCUGAUUCAUUGCACCAUUUCAUUGUCUUCAACACUGUCUCCCUUUAUGUCUUGUACAGAUACAGCCUCUCGUAUCCUACCAAGUCCAUCAGUAUGGGGAGCAAGUGGAUUACAUGUAUAUGUGAUAAGCAAAACAAUGCAAUCAUGAUACCAAGGCCCUUGAGUAAUCGGUCCAAAUCACUGAUAAACCUCACAGUACACCCUGUGCCAGAGGCCAUUGUUGAGCACUACCACAGUCGCAGGUAUGGAGACGCAGCAAGGUCUACCACCUCUCGAGAAAGAGGAUGGGCAUCUUGCGUCUUCCAGAGCGCAGGGACAUGUUCAGGACUGUCUUCAUACUUUUAUGUGUCACAAAACGAAGUUCUCGCACUAUACUCACCCCUUGGAAUCUUGCACCUCUAUGUCCCCUUUGUGGACAACGAAGAAGCGGGUGCGCUCACGCCUCGAUAUAUUAAUCUGCCGGAGUUCUUGGGGCUGAGCACACCGCAAGUAUUUCUUACAGUAUACACGAUUGCAUUUAUCGACUCAUUGCCGUACGUUGCGUGCUUAACGAGUCAUGGCAUAGCAAUGAUAAACUAUAGGUACCUGUUGUACGGCCCCUUGUGCACGGAAGUCGAAAGACAGUAUAACUCAUGGGCAUACUGUGAAAAGCUAGACCCUGCCAUCACAACAGUGGAGGUAGGAAUAUGGACUGAACGGUGCGCAGUUGCGGUGUGCUCCGCAAACAAGAUAAUCAUUUUAUCCGUUGAAACAGGCCUCCCUAUGUUCACCCUGUCCAUUGCGGAGUUGCAAGGGCUCCACGGUGAGCAGAUAGACUGGUCACAGACUGACUGUUCUAUAGCUGAUUUGGCAUUUGUUUGCUCAAGCGGACUGGCAGUACUUGUGUGUGAUGGUGCCAGCACAAAGAUAUGGUGUGUGAAGGUAGCCCUCAAUCACGCCACAAGGGUACUGAAGACAACACUGAUAUACAAGGGAGAUAGUCCAGCGAGGAAGUUCAUCGGAAGAGACAGCAGUAAUGGCACCAAGAGAUUAUAUCUCUCUGUGAGCGACUGUGAUGCUAUUGAGUUGGAGUUUUAUCGGUCUCCUCGCCAUUGA